AUGCUCGCCGGUAUUGACGGCGGAGGUGGCAGCAGCAUUUUUGCGGAGGGUGGGGAUGGAAGUUCACCGCUCGUCAUUGGAGGCAAGAAGCGUGGAUGGCAGGCAGAAGCUCAGUCUGGACUGUUCGCAGCUAGCUCUGGUUUCCAUAACACCCUGCGCUUUUCAGUCUGUUCGGCGACCAUAGUUUCGGUAGGUUUGCUGUUGGCUUUCCACUUUGAAGUGCUCAACAAGGGACUUGCUCGUCAUUUUCCUUCUGGAUCCGUGUGGACUCCCAACACGUGGGAAUUCGCCAUGUACGUUCAAUAUAUCCAACAGAUCGCUGCGAUCUCAGCACUGACACUUCUGAAAACGCCGUUUUUCUUGUGGGAGUUCACGGAUCUCUUCUCGUGGGCCAAUCUCCUCGUUUAUCGCUCUGAAGACAAUUCGUCUGCGUCUGGACGUCGCCUUACAACUAUUAUCCUCGGAAGUCUUGUGGGAUACGGAGACCGCAUCGGAACAAGUGAGAUGGAUUUAAUGUUCGAGACGAUCUCUGGCUUCGCGCUUAUCGUUGGCUUCUUUGUUGGAGUUUUACUUGGAGCAACGCUGUACAACAAGUGGCGUGAACAUAUCGGGGAAAAGGCACGCAGAGGUGUGAUCUGGCGCUGCCUUGGUCUGCUACCGUUGGUCUGGUUCUUCUCUCUUCUCCCUCUGACCAUGACGGUGUCCUUUGAAGUGUCCAUGGAAUUCAAGUCGAGUAUGUUGGAGCUUACGGAGCGCGACUUACGGAGACUUCGCUCACGUGCUCUCUGGGGCGCAUUCUACGCCGACUACAGAUACGGUGGCCGUCUCUUCUUCUUGCUGGUAAUCUUUCAACAGCUUUGCGUGGGCCUUUGCUUGGGUAUCCUGGACGACAGUAUGGUGCUACUUGUGUUGCUAGUUACACUCCACGUGAUGUUUCUUGUGGCAGUCUGUUUGAUCAAGCCCUUGCCAAUUUAG